AUGGCCCUCAAGGCAUUACAGGGCGUCAUUAAGUGGCUCUAUGGACAUUCUGAAACUCGAGUUCUCCUUAUUGGAGAUGCGGCCUCUGGGAAGACUACCUUUCUCUCUCAACUUACUCUUGGUCAGGCAGUCUGCACAUUCCCAACCAUGGGCUACUAUCCCACACCCUUCGAAUAUAAAAGCCGCACAUAUAUGGUUUGGGAUACUGGAAAUACAUCUGUCUUGUUCUUUCAUGACUGCACCUGGGAUGAGGAAGACACUCAACUAAGCCUCGAUCUCCUCUCUAGCAUUGGCAGAGAAAUACUCAGUGUGGGUUAUAGAAGUUUAUGGGUUAUCUUAAACAAGCAAGACUCUCUCUCUGCACGAGGCAUUGAGGAUCUGCGCUUGAUAUAUGACAAAAAGUUAAAGGAAAUGUUUGACGAUCCGGUCAACUGCAGAGUCAUUGAUUAUUCCGUGAGUGGCAAGACUGGGGAAGGUGUCAAGGAGGUUAUGAGUGAUCUACAUGAAUUCGUCAGUAGCAUAGAAAAAGGCCACCAUCAACAACGGACACCUAAGCACAUUGCCUCACAACAGUUCCAGAAAGAGCAGAUAUCAGAGGACCAUGACCUCAAAGUGCGAAUUGAAGAGGAAGGCUCUAGAGAUCAUAUGGAUUCUCAGCAAUUUUGGCAUUCGUUUUUGGGUGCUAAUUUGACAGAGUGGGACCACCGCAGUCACCUCAAGUCGGGCUUCAUUGUUACCCUGGAGUCAAUCAAAGAAGGAAAGAAUGUCUUCGAUAUGGCGGAAACCUUCCUCGGGCAUUUGAAGAGACUGAGAACGAUGAAACCUGACCUUUUUCGCAAUACAGAACAUCGGUAA